AUGUUAAAUUCAGCGGCCCCGGCCUCGUGUGUAGGGUGGGAGGAGGUGGUGGUUUCGGGCGAGAACGGGCGGCGGGAGGUCCAUUAUUAUUUAAAGCGAAACGACUGCGGCGGGCCGGAUCUUGUGGUCGUAGGGAAGGAGAAGAGCCCAAAGAGAAUGUAUUAUUAUGGAAUUAGAGAUAAGGAGUAUUUGCUUUCGUCCUUGAAGUAUUCUUCUCUCUUGAAGCUUAGGUCCAGAGGAGAGGUCAUUGAUUGGCUCAAUUCAAUCGUUCCAGGUGAUUUCCAUGUAAGUCAGCAUAGUUUUUUUGAACAAUUUGGUGGUUAUAUGGGAAAAAAAGGUGCCCACAAGUUGGAUGCUGAUAUUAUUAAGGAUGUUCAAAUGCAGAUGCCAGGUCUGCAUACAAUGGAAUUUAUGUGGUUGGGGUCAUCAUGGACUGGUCGGAAAAGACGGAAACACUAUUUAUCAUUUUGUCGCAACAGUGUUAAAAUAUCUGUUCAUGACUUUGUUUAUGUAUUGGCUGAAGAUGAUAAACGGCUCGUGGCUUACAUAGAUGAUAUGUAUGAAGAUUCCCGAGGCGACAAGAUGGUUGUGGUACGAUGGUUUCACAAAAUUGAUGAGGUUGGUUUUGAUUUGUCUCAUAACAAUAGUGACAGGGAGGUUUUCUUUUCUCUUUGUCUUCAAAAUCUCAGUAUCGAAUGCAUUGAUGGACUUGCAACUGUCCUUAGUCCAGAGCAUUAUGAGAAUGUUUUGAAGGAGGCAACAACAUUGCUGUCUGUGCCAUUCAUUUGCUAUAGACUGUUUGAUAACCAUGAUAUCAAGCCGUUUGACAUAACACGAGUCAAAGGUUACUGGAAACAGGAAAUACUUAGAAAUAUGUCAUCUUCUUCACUGCUUGGAACAUCCUAUGAUAAUAUUAAGGUAGAAGGAACUCUUAGUGAUGCAGUUGGAAGUAGACCCAAGAAGAGACUUCGACGGUCCAAAGAGUGUGAGAUAUACAUGCAACCUGUCAGAAAGAGAGAGGUUGUUGAUGCUAGACCUGAAGAUGGCAGUGAUGGUUUCAUCAGUUCUGAAGGCUGCAAGAAAAUGGUCAGUCUGAAUGAAGGCUGUCCUUUUGUAUCCUUAUCAUGGCAAGAUCCAGCGAAGUUAAUGCGUACACAAUAUUUGACUAUUGGUUCUCAAGUUGAAGUGCUUUCUCAAGAUAGUGGCAUCAGAGGUUGCUGGUUCAGAGCUUUGAUCAUCAGAAGGCACAAAGAUAAGGUCAAAGUGCAAUAUCGAGAUAUCAAGGAUGCAACUAAUGAUGCAAAAAAUCUGGAGGAGUGGACUUUGGCAUCUUGA